AUGGAGGAGAGCAGCCGCAGCAAGGUUUGUGUUACAGGAGCUGCAGGCAACCUCGGGUCUUGGCUUGUCAAGAAGCUUCUGGAGCAAGGACACACCGUCCAUGCCACUCUAAGAAACCUUGAUGAACCAUCUAAGAUAGGGCGUCUCAAGAACCUUCCUGGUGCAGAUACAAGGUUACAGUUGUUGGAGGCCGAAAUUUACGACGUCGAUGGGUUUGAACCCGCCAUCAACGGUUGUGAUUUUGUGUUUCACCUUGCCACCCCUAAGCAACACAUUGCUGACAGCUCUAAGUAUAAUGACACUUCAGAAGCAGCAGUUGCUGGGGUGAAAAGCAUAGUAGAAUCUUGCAUAAGAUCUGGAACGGUGAAACGACUCAUCUACACAGGCUCCGUCACUGCGGCAUCUCCAAUGAAAGAAGAUGGCACCGGUUUUAAAGACUCCAUUGACGAAUCUUGUUGGACGCCUCUCCAUCUAUCGUUCCCUUACUGUGGCGAUUAUGAGCUGGCCUACAUAUCUUCCAAGAGACGGGCCGAGGAAGUUGCACUUAGCUGCUGUAACAAAGACAAGGGCGGGGGUUUGGAGGUGGUAUCCCUGGCUGUAGGGCUCGUUGGAGGAGAUACACUUCUUCCCUUCCUACCUGUAAGCAUGGAAUCAAUCAUUUCGCCGAUCACUGGCAACAUUACUUGUUGCAGAAAGUUCAGAUUUUUGCAAGGAUUGGUGGGUUCCAUUCCUUUGAUUCACAUAGACGAUGUCUGCGAAGCCCAUAUCUUUUGCAUGGAGCAACCUUCAAUGGCUGGUAGAUUCCUUUGUGCGAGCGCCUAUCCCACAAUUUCCAAGAUUGCGAAACACUACCUAAAGAAUCAUAAAGAGUUCGACGUGGAAAAACAGUUUUUGGAAGGGCCGGAAAAAGGAAUCGGAUGUGGUACUACGAAGCUCAUCGAUUUGGGAUUUGAGUAUAAGCAUGACAUGGAAAGGAUUUUGGAUGACAGUGUGGAGUGUGCAAGGAAGAUUGGUGUCUUGAAUUGA